CAUCGUCUCCAACCUACGAGCUGUACAUUGAGUUUCCCAGAUAAGAGAAUCAAUUUCUAAUUAGUUUCUCCAAAGAAGAAUAAGAUGAAGCAACCUACGUUUCCCAGCGCGGCGGCGGAGGAAACCAAAUCAGAGCAAAACCAGACCGGAGCAAAGCAGAAAUCGAAGAAAUUCCCAACUGCAACCGAGCUAAUCUCACACUACCAGAAGCAAGGGGGACUCGAAGCAGCUGAAGCCUCGGUUAAGGUAAUCGAAGACCUGCAAAACGCGCUCGUGCGAGUCGCUUCGUCAUCGAAGAACGCCUCCAGCAAGAGCAAGCUUCUAGCUGACGCGAGGAAAAUCGACGCCAUUAGUGGAAGGCUUGCCGUCGUGGACGCCAAGUUGGAGACGAAGCCUGGAUACGUCGAGACUUUCGCGUUAGGGUUAGCUUCCGGUGCAGCACUUAACGGAAUUAGCGCCGUUUGGCCUCACGUUACCAGAGGGAUCAGUCAGGUUUGGUCCGCCGUUAAGAGUGGGACAGAUCCGUCAGCUGCCUCUUAAACUGAAUAUUCUCUCCAGUGGUUCGGUUACUUGGUGUUGUAUUAGCUAACUUCAGUUUUUUCACUGUUGGAACAAAAAAAAUUAGUUUUUUUUUUUGUUAUCGUCUAUGUUUACUGUUGUUCCUUUUGGAAAAUGCAAAUAAGAAGAGUGAAUUGAAAAGUUUCAGCAAUCAGACAUAGGAGCUCUUGAAUCAAAAACAUUAUUCGAGGCAAAUCUUACCUUCUGAUCGCAUUAGGCGGUCUUGUGUGAAUGUUUGAAGCUGAACUUGGGGACAAUGGUCGCUUUAGAGGUAUGGGCUUGUGUGAGGGAAUCAGAGACGAAAUUAGAAUGUCAGCAACACACGCUGGUGUUUCCGCCAGGAUAUCAUAUCUUCAACACCUCCUUGAUUAGAAAGAGCAUUAACUUUGUUUAUUUGUUGAUCUCUCUCUCUCUCUGUUAAGUUUCACCUGUGGAUUUUGCCCUCGAGCUUUGUUUGAUGAAGCCUACUUAGAUUUCUUUCCACGCAUUUGGAUCUUCCUUCUUCUUCGAACUAAUUACAUACUUUCAUUUUUUUUUCUUGGUUCCGCCUAGGAUGUCACUUUUUCACUGCUUGGCACUCUGAUCUUUUUUAAUAAGAGAGGCACACCAUCUCCAUCAGAUUUCCUCAUUUUUUCUAUCAGACCAUGUCUCUCCUCUCUGCGUUGAGGCGCAAAUGCUGCUAUUGCCCAGACUAAAGAAUUUUGUUUUGUUUGGAAGAUUUCUCAAACUGCUUUUGUUCUGUCUUUUUCUUGCCAAACAUGUUGUAUAGUGUCUCUUAACUGGUAUGAUGACCAUCUUACUUUCUUAUUUGCAUCUUUCACAAGAUUAAUCCUCCGCCUUGGUCACAAGAUGGUGCUGACAGCAUUGGGCACAAAUCAACUAUUUAUCAUCUUUGAAGAAACUGUAGAGACCAUUACAUCGCCAUAACCACACCAAAAAUUGAGUAUAGUUAGGCAAUGAUAUCAACAAAGUGAAAGCAUCUGUAACCUGAAGAAGAAUAAGAUGGAUGGAGGAAAUAUCAACUUGAAGUAGAAAACCCAAAAGGUGAAAUUGGAUUACACUCAGUUUAAGAAGGAUUACUAUCAGAGCAAGUGAGGGAGAUGUAAAAGUAGCCAUUGCUCAUUGCUGCUGGUUAAGACGCCGUAGUGUAGACUGUAGAGGGAUCAGAAUCGUCAUUCUCCUCCGCUGGCUCGAGAGCGCUCCCCUUGAGGAGACUUUACUCGAGACUUUUCUCCUCUCAGUUUAAACAAUCGGACUGCAAAGUCAAAAUUCCCGGCGACGGGGAUUAAAGUUGCCCAUGUAAGAGAGAGGAAUGAGAACCAAUUUGAAAUCCUUAAUUUUGUUACCUUUAUUCCUAGAGGGAAACAAGAAACUCUUUAAAUGGGCUUAUAUUCAUCUAUUAGGCCGUCCAUAAAUGGGCUUCUUUAGCGGGAAACCCACCGACCUUAUUUUUUACCCCCAAAAAAAUACAACUACUUCUCCUUGUGGGAAAGAGAAAUAAUUUCUUUUAAAUAAAAUAGACAUUUUUUUUAUAAAAUCUCCUCUUUCUGGUUCGGUUCUCGCGUUCUGCAAACUCCUCCGUCGAUUUCAGCUGAGGGAUGUCGGCAUAUGACAAUGUUAUUGGUGGGAAGUUAAAGCUAAAAGGGAAGGCUUUAGAUGUGAAAGCAGGUGGAGUCAAGAAGAAGAAGAAGAAACAAAAGAAACAAGAAGAACAAGCUCUUAAAAUUACUGAUCAUCAUGAACUCAUAGAAGG